CGGCCCCGCCCUCCUGGCCGCCGCCCGCGGGACGCGCUCUGGCCGGGCUGGGUGAGCCCGCCACUCGCUGCCCGCCCGCCCGGCCAUGGCCGCCACCGAUGACGCGCGGCGCCGGCUGUUUCAGUCUCAGAUGGCAUCAAAACUUUCAUCCAUGCCCUCACAAGUAUCCAGUGGUGAACACAGGAAAAGAGAAACUAUUCGUUCCUUGACUAUGUGUGGCCACGUUGGUUUUGAGAGUUUGCCUGAUCAGCUUGUCAACAGAUCCAUUCAGCAAGGCUUCUGCUUUAACAUCCUCUGUGUGGGAGAGACUGGAAUUGGAAAAUCAACACUGAUUAAUACAUUGUUUAAUACUAAUUUUGAAGAGCAUGAAUGCUCACAUUUUUGUCCUGAUGUUAAACUUAAAGCCCAGACAUAUGAACUCCAGGAAAGUAAUGUUCGGUUAAAAUUGACCAUUGUGAAUACAGUGGGAUUUGGUGACCAAAUAAAUAAAGAAGAAAGCUACCAGCCCAUAAUUGACUACAUAAAUGCUCAGUUUGAGGCCUAUCUCCAAGAAGAACUGAAGAUCAAGCGCUCUCUCUUCAACUACCAUGAUUCUCGCAUCCACGUGUGCCUCUACUUCAUCACCCCCACAGGCCACUCUCUGAAGACACUCGACCUCUUAACCAUGAAGAACCUGGACAGCAAGGUGAACAUUAUACCAGUGAUUGCCAAAGCAGACACAAUUUCUAAAACUGAAUUACAGAAGUUUAAGGUGAAGCUCAUGAGUGAGUUGGUCAAUAAUGGUGUUCAGAUAUACCAGUUUCCAGCCGAUGAUGAGACCGUUGCCCAAAUCAGUGCUGCAAUGAAUGAACAUUUGCCAUUUGCUGUUGUGGGAAGUAUGGAUGAAGUAAAAGUUGGAAAUAAGAUGGUCAAAGCUCGCCAGUAUCCUUGGGGUAUUGUACAAGUGGAGAAUGAAAACCACUGUGACUUUGUGAAGCUGCGGGAAAUGCUCAUCUGCAAGAACAUGGAGGACCUGAGGGAGCAGACACACGCCAGGCACUAUGAGCUUUAUCGGCGUAGUAAACUGGAGGAGAUGGGCUUGACCGAUGUGGGCCCUGAGAACAAGCCCAUCAGUCUUCAAGAGACCUAUGAAGCCAAAAGACACGAAUUCCAUGGUGAGCGUCAGAGGAAGGAGGAGGAAAUGAAGCAGAUGUUUGUACAGCGAGUAAAAGAGAAAGAAGCCAUACUGAAAGAAGCUGAAAGAGAGCUGCAAGCCAAAUUUGAGCACCUUAAAAGAGUUCACCAAGAAGAGAGGAUCAAACUUGAAGAAAAGAGAAGAAUUUUGGAAGCAGAAAUAAUUGCUUUCUCUAAAAAGAAGGUUGCCUCUGAGAUACUCCAGAACCAGUCCUUUCUGGCAUCAGGUAUCGGCAUGAAGAAGGACAAGGAUCGUAAGAACUCCAAUUUUAUGUAACCAGAGUGCAGAGUUCCAGAGUGCAGAAGGCCAUCAUAAGCAAGAGUAAACUGUUAUGAGUGUGCUUUGAUUUUCUUGUUUUUAUUUGUCACCACUGAUUCUAUAUAUAUCUGGCAGAUGGACACAGUCACUGACAUUUAUGGUAAAAGAUUUUCAAAUGUGAGAGUAAUACAUAAGUCAGAAUGAAUGAUACUACUUAUGUAUUCACUGUUGAUAAAGAUUUCUAAGUUGCUAUUUUGCAAUAAAUCUAGAUGUCUUCUCCUUUGCCAGGUUCUUGUCAUUUUGCAUACAUUAUACCAAAGAGCAAGAUUUAGUGCCACUGAAAGUGCAGAGCACUUUCCCAUUAUUUGUAUUCCAAAAUGAAUCUUUUUUGCUAAUACACUAAACAAAAAAAUUGGGGGAAUAUAUUUUGGAAUGGAUCAUAGCUAAACUCUAGCCUCUCAAAAGUUUUAUAGAGUUAAUUUUUUACACAGUUGACAAGUAGUAUCCUAAGCUUUAACCACAUUUAUGCUUCAGUAUCCCUUAUUGUGGUUGGCAUCUUACUUUGAUGAAACAUAAUAUCUUCAAAAGCUUAAAACAUCUAGGUCUAUAGACCUCAAUUUCCAUUAGUCUAUCUUAAAUACUUGUUUGAAACUCUAUGUUUGAGGGAAAAGUAAGUUGAAUAAUUUUUACUAGAUUUCUUAAGACAAUAACUAUGAACAUUUUAAUGUUAAAUAUAUAACAAGUCUGAUUAUUCAUGUUUUAUGGGAUAUUUGUAUUCAGUGCCUAAGCAUUCACAGAACAUCUUAAUAGAUUCUAACUUUUUAACAGUCAUAGGUAUACACAUUUUCCUUUUUUGUACUUGGAUAUUCUAAAUAAAACUGAUAUUCUUGACAAAA